CGUCUGUCUUCGUAAAACAGACGAAGAAGAAAACACGGAAGUAGUAACAACACCGUAGCUGUUUUACUCUCGAAAAGGAAAUGGACGCGCGGUUCACUCGAGGGAAGUCCACCAUCCUGGAGCGGCCCCUGAGUCGACCUAAGACCGAAGUGAGUCUGAGUGCCUUCGCCCUGCUGUUCUCCGAGAUGGUCCAGUACUGUCAGAGCCGCGUGUACUCCGUGACGGAGCUGCAGGCGCGCCUGGCCGACAUGGGCCAGAGGGUGGGGGCCAACAUGCUGGAUGUGCUGGUGCUGAGAGAGAAGAACGGGAAGAGAGAGACCAAAGUGCUCAACAUGCUGCUCUUCAUCAAAGUUAACGUUUGGAAGUCUUUGUUCGGGAAGGAGGCCGAUAAGCUGGAGCAGGCCAACGACGAUGACAAGACCUACUACAUCAUAGAGAAGGACCCGCUCAUCAACGCCUACAUCUCCGUACCCAAAGAGAACAGCAGCUUGAACUGCGCCGCCUUCACCGCCGGCGUUGUGGAGGCCAUCCUCACACACAGCGGCUUCCCCGCCAAGGUCACCGCCCACUGGCACAAGGGCACCACCCUGAUGAUAAAGUUCAACGAGUCGGUUAUAGCCAGGGACAAGGCGCUGGACGGCAGAUAAGAGGUGACCGUGUGGAGCAAGAACAAAUGAUCCGGGCUGGAGUUUGUUCCUGAUGUGAGAUGAUCUGUGACUGAGCCUCUCACUGAUGACACUUUGUAGAUGCCAGCGCUGCACUAGCCCACCUGUAGAGAAGAAAACGUGCAGCUGGUUGGUUUUGUGGAUCAUCUCUGUUUGUUUUACAUCAUGAAACUGUGAAAGUUUGUUUUAUAUUCUGGCUUUUAUCCGUAGGAUUAUAAAACUAAACUAUUGUGAUUCUCGAGCGAAACCACCCCGGUGGAUGUUCUGUACGGUGACAUGGGUGCUGCUCGGGACGGAGAAGUUGGCUGCCGGUGGUUUGACCCCAGCGUCCCCCACUUUCUCAAUGUGUCCUUGAACACAACACUGAACCCCAAGUCCCCACUGUAUGAGAAUGUGUCUUGUAGUGGUGAAAGAUGAGAAAAACACUCCACUUACCAUUAAACCUUUGAUUAUAACCGUAGCUUCACAAAAACAGUCGUGGACAAUAAAGUAGUAGAUUUUUUUUGUUCAGACUUGUUAAAAUAUAAAAAAAGACCAUCAGUGAGUUCAUGUCUUCAGUAUUUGUUAAUUCUUUAGGUAUUUGUAUUAGUACUGUGUGAACAGGUGUGCUUUUUUUUCUUCAUUUUUAAGAAUUAAAGACAAAAUGUCUACAAGUUGAUGUGAUCCUGACAACAGUGGUUGUGUUUAAAGAAACAUUUCAGUCAUUUUGAAGUGGGGGUU